CCCAGGCAUGGCAUAUUCCCUUAUGUUCUUCCAUUUUCCCCCGCUUUUCUAACCGCUCUUGACGACUUUCCACCAUCACUGCGGCGCCCAAUAUCCAAGCAAUCGCUUUACAACUAUGUCUACGCGUCCUGGCCCUCUCAGAGAGUGGCCGCUUGAACGCUUCUUGCCAGCGGGUUCUAAUUUGCCACCAACUGCGAACCCUUUCAAAUCGAACAGACCACAUAAGCGGGCUCACUCGCCUACCCCGACGCCUUUCAGUCCUACAAAACGUCGAAUACUUUUCGGGGAGGGCAUUUUCUCACCAGAGAAGACUGUAAAGAGCUCUUUACGCCGACAUCUAGCUUCUCCUGCUCGUUUCACAGAGAUUCUCCAAGGGCCAGGCAGUCCGGCAAAGAAGCUUGACUUUGGCUCAAUGAGCGGGCCCUCGAGCUGUGGUCCACUUUUCCCUUCACCAGAGUCUGAGGAAGAGGCCCCUUCGUCGUCACGCCACGGACUGGCACCCUCGCCGCGUCUUUCUAGCUCCUCGGCGCAAAAGGAAAGACCGGCUAGCGCUGAAACAUCUCAUCCUACUCCCUCAUCCAUCGUCACCCGGUCAACAUCGUCCACUACUCCACCCCCAGACCAUGCUAUUCACUACCCUGGCUUUGACGUGUAUCCAGACAUGGAUAUCGAGAUGCUUCCUUCUGUCACCCCUCUCCCACCUCCAGAUCUCCCCAAAGACUCUCACAAAGAGAAUUUGCCGCCACGUAGGAGGGCGAAGAAAGCAUCUGUUAUUAUGGAAGAUGGGAAGCCCAUUGCAUGGUCUUCAGACCCAAAGACGCAGGAACUCCAAAGGAAGUACAUGCUGAAAUCCACACCAGUACAACUACCUCCGUUUCCUGUAACACCCAAGAAAACCCCAGGCAAGGUGCCUCGUGUUUCUACUAGUCCUACGCCGCGUCGGUAUCACACACGAUCGUCGGACAAGAAACCGACAUUGACAGACGCUGAGAAAAAGAGGAGGCGGCAUAUUAUGGAGGCAGAGACAGACGAGAAGGCUGGAGGUCUGUAGUUAGACCACGACCCGGCAUACAUUUCCUUUCCUGCAGAUCAUUUCCUCACGCAAAGCAUAUCUAAUUGCAUUAUUUUUGUCUAACUAUCUAACAACCUUGUCUCUACGAAAUUGAUCUUCUCUUGGCAGCAGACAUACAUACUAUAAACUAUAUAUAUUGCCACCA